AUGAAAUAAAAAGUAGUAUUUGAAUAGCCUAGUCCAAAACUUUUUGAUGAGUAAUUAUAUAUCCUUCAUUAAGUGUACCAUUUUGUGAAAAUGAUAGUAAAAGUUAUUGGAGAAAAAUAAGAAAUGUUUGUCAUUCUGUUCGAUUAUUUUAAAUGCCUUUAAUCAAAUCUAUUUCAUCACCUGUAAUAUUAGAAUUUACAUAAAAGGAUGAAGUUACUUUCAAUUCAAAUUAAACCAAAUUUAGAUCCUGUACUUUCAUAAGUCAAUUUAAUUAAGAGUAAUAAAUAGCCAAAAAGAGAGCAGAUGAUGAUUUAAAUGAUGCUUUAAAAGCUAUAAAAAGAGAAAGAGAAUUAUUUUAUUAUGUAGAAAAAGGUAGUUCAAUUGAUCUUAUUGAACAAAUUCUAAUUAAUGAUCCAAAAAGGUAUAAAAAUAUUAAUUAUAAUUAUAAGGUACCUUUAUGAACCAAAAAGUCCUUUAAGACUUGUAAAUAAACGAAAUUCUGCUGGAUUCACUCUAUUAUAUAUAGCAGCAAAGAAUGGAUUUGAAGAAAUAUGUAAAAUCUUAAUUUAAUAUGGUGCUGAUUAAAAUAUUUCAGUAUAAGUAAAAUUGAAUUGGAACUUAAUCUAGGUUAAUUAAAUUGAUGAUUAUCCUUUAGCUGUUGCAAUUCGAUGGAGACAUUUUUAAGUUAUUGAACUUCUAUUCAACAAUAAUCCAAAUCAAAAAGUGAAAUAGAUUUGUUAAUAAUCAAUUGACAAAUCCUUAAAAUAAAAAUACUCUAAAUAUUUUUGA